GCAAUCGGUCUGGUUAGGCACAUUCAGUAGCAUUCUGUCGACUGACUAUCCAACCAAUAUGAAAACCUCAUUCAUCCUUCUCUGCCUGGCGCUGUACGUGGCUGCCGUCUUCGCUGACUGCGACCCCGAUGGUAAUGGAAUGCCCAGUUGCAGUGGCUCUGACAACUCAAAAUAUCGCAACUUCUGGGAUCCCACUCACUACUGGGUCUGCCAGGGUGGAAGCGCCGUUUCCGUGGCAUGUGAAAUUAUUGGUGGAUUUGAUCAGGCUACAUCUCAGUGUAUAACAUGGGAUAAAUGGACUUGGGUUCCUCCAUGCCCUGCUACCUAAAAUGCUUCCUGCAUUGUAUUAAAAUGUUUGACAACGACAUAUGUAUAACGGCU